CGCCUGCCCUUUACUGCCUCGAAAGGGAAACCCGUCUCGUGCUGCUACGAACGCCGAAGAAGCUGCGUGAGCGUCGUGAACAUAUACAAGCCGGUAAAUCGGUGAACGACUUUUCCAGGCGGAAGUUAGCCGCGUCGCUAGCGCUGUUAGCCGAGCCCGCCCGCCCGCUGCAAAGACGGGAGUGCGUAAUACACGUCGUCAAACGAUAAAUGGCGUCGUUCCAUCCCCUCACCGCCGCCUGUCCGCCGUUAGCGUCAAAGCGAGUGUAUCGGAAAAGAUGAUUCGGAGAGUUUUAGUCUCUCCGCGGACUUGGUGGAGAGACUCUGGAACGCGUGUGCUGCCGAGGCGGCUGAUCUCGGAAGUCUAAACGCAGAAAACCUUUGCCAGGAUUUCCGGCUCCUUUCCAUUUGCCCUAUGCUGUUUUGUUUCCGUUUAUUCUAUUUCCGUUUCUCAAACUUUUCCCCAUUCAGCGACCAAGUGCGACCCAACGCCCAUAUUUUUGAAAAACACGAAGCCCCGCGUGCGUUGAGGGAUAUCGCAAGCGUUUGUUCUGCUUACGGUUGUGUAACGAGGGGCUGGCCGCGCCGACGCCGACACCGACACGGCUGCUUCGGCAAUUUGUGUCGGUAACUUUGGUCACUCUCGGCGUCACCGAGCAACUUGCUCGGCCUGACGUAUACUUCGUGGCGCAUUUAUCUACACCCUCGCAACGUGUACGUGCAACAUUUUACGGGGGUCACUUUUUUUUUUGUGUACGUUGGCCGAACGUUUGGCCUUAAGACGGCAGAGCCUCGCCCCUCGAGUGUGCUAACGUUAGCCGUUAGCAGUCGACGGUCCCAUGCGACACACGACUGUAGUCGUAAUGGAGGCUGACAGGGCCUCUGUACUUGUAAACACUACCUCAUAUUACACAUACUUCACCCAUUUAUAACAUUACCAGCACACUACAAAUACCACUUGCGCCUACUUUAAUAUCAUAUUAUGGAUACUUUUCUAUUCAUAACCUCCAUACAACAAUAAAUACUUUUAAGUCCUUCGAUCAAAGUGGUUGACCAUGAUUAUCGUUCGACAGAUGUAUUUCCUAUUCGUAAACAUCGCAGUAUGGACGCGUAAACUACUUAAUGCAUUGGAUUAAACAAGUCUACACACCCCUGUUCAAAUGCCAGGUUUUUGUAAAUGAGAUGAAGAGAAAUCACUGAAAGAUUUUCCACCAUAAUUGUGACCUAUAACCUGUACAUAUCAAUAAAAGAAAUCUUUUCGAGAGAGGAAUUAAAACAGUAAUAAAUAUACUAAUUUGGUUGCACAAGUGUGUGCAGCCUUACUAAACUGGACACGUUAUUAACAUCCUCUCUCCUUGUUUUUUAAUAUGUUUCUUUUUCUGUCACUGGUAUAUUAUUUUUCUACUUGUCAAUACCUUCAGACAUUUGGUUGUCUUGUUCUGUCUAAUUUGUUAUUUGUGGUGUAAAUGUAUGUGAUUGAGUGAGUUGUUUGGGUAGGGAAGUGGUACUCGAGCUCAAAUGCACCUUCAUUUUAAUGGAUAUAUUAUUUUCACCUGUGACAAAACUCCACACAUCUGAGAGAUAACUUGUUGUAAUGUCCCUGUCCUUUUCUGUACCGUCGCGUAAAUGAAAAAAAUCUAUCAAAUUAUUUGAUUUAAAAAAAAUAAAAAUAAAAAAAAUUCGGCAGCAAUGUUCAGAUUUAAACAAUCGCAGGCCAUGUCCACGUGGAAAUGGAGCCAAUCUAUUUCUUUUUUGUUUUUUAAGUUUCCUGAAGUGGCACUGUAUAGCUGCCACAGGAAGUCACAAAAAAGAGAGAAUAACAAAUAAGAUUGUCGAAUAUAAACAUACAACAAUGACAGGGAAUGCGAAGCAAGCAAGAAAAGAGACAUUUAUGUGGACCGAGGGCGAGGUUCAACUUCUUCGGAACAAAAUCCUAGGUCACUGCCAAGCUCACCUCUCUUUUCAAAGAGACAAUGUCCAAGGGUGGAGCAGACGACAUGAUAGAGAUCGAGAUUGACGAACGGGAAAAACAGGCGUGCUUGGAGGAGGGCAUGGAGGAACAGACCAUCAUGGCGUCGGAUCUGAUCCAGCAAGACAUUGACAUAAACGAGCCGGUCGGCAAUUUGAAGAAGCUGUUGGAGCCUCGCCUCCAAAUCUCACUGGAUUCAUAUGAAAUAUGCUUACAGGACAUUCAGUUGCACCCCGAUCACAGCCUCUUCGAUCAAGGCGUCAAAACAGAUGGCACGGUGCAGCUCAGCCUGCAGCUUGUCACCAAACCAGGCGAGGAGAAGUUGAACAUCUUGGAGAUCGUGAAGCCCGUGGAGACGGUGGAGGUGGUGAUCGACCCGGACGCGGCGGGGGACGAAGGCUCGCUGGUGGAGGAGGGCCAGCUCAUCGCCGUGGAGCGGUCCGGGCUGUCCGACGAGACCUCGGAGCAGGUGACGCGCUGGGCUGCUGCGCUGGAAGGGUAUCGCAAGGAGCAAGUCCGACUCGGCAUACCAUAUGACCCUGUCCUGUGGACGGCCGACCAGGCGAUCCACUGGGCCGUGUGGGUGAUGAAGGAAUUCAACAUUGACGAGAUGGAAAUCGGGAGCAUUCACAUCCCCGGUCGAAAUCUCUGCGCGUUCAGCCAAGAAGAGUUCCUCCAGAAAGUGCCCAAUGGAGAAAUCCUCUGGAGCCACCUCGAGCUCCUACGCAAAUAUGUUUUGGCAAGCCAGGACCCGUCCGGAGGGGACGCCACAGUGACCAUUGAUCAGCCUGUGCAGAUAAUCCCGGCUCAAGUCAGCACGCCCACGGCCAUUAAGGUGUUGAAACAGAACCGGGGACCCCGAGCGCCCCGCAUCUCGGGAGAAGAGCGCAGCUCGCCCGGGAACCGCACGGGCAACAACGGUCAGAUCCAGCUGUGGCAGUUCCUGCUGGAGCUGCUGACGGACAAAGACGCAAGGGACUGCAUCUCCUGGGUGGGCGAGGAGGGCGAGUUCAAGCUCAACCAGCCCGAGCUCGUAGCACAAAAGUGGGGCCAGCGCAAGAACAAGCCCACCAUGAACUACGAGAAACUCAGCCGAGCACUCAGGUAUUACUACGAUGGCGACAUGAUCAGCAAGGUGCAGGGCAAGCGCUUCGUGUACAAGUUCGUGUGCGACCUGCGGACCCUGAUCGGCUACAGCGCCGCCGAGCUCAACAGCCUGGUGGCCGAGUGCGAGCAGAAGAAGAUGUCGCGGGUGCAGAUGCACGGCAUUGGGCAGCCGAUCACCACGGUGACGUUGGCCACCACAUUGGACAAGGACAACUGAAGAUGAAGGAGGAAGAGGAGAAGGGAGGCCUUAACUCAUUAACUCUCCGAUGAACCUUGCUGACGCAGCGGCGUGGAUGAACACCUUGUUUCAGCAUUUUUUCAAACCACCACAGAGGAGGUACAAAUGAGACAUGGCAACAAGUGAACGCUUUGAAUGUGACUGAAAUAAUGUCUUCCUUGUCUGUAGCGACGGCCUUUGUAUAUAUACAUCCGCAAUUCAUGUUUUUUGAUAGCCGCGCCACGGCACGUGUAUUUUCAUAUUUUUCCUUUUAUAGAAGACCCUUUUUGUAUUUUUAUUUUAGUCUAUGUUCCCAGUGUUUUUGGACCACACGUUUUUGUCCACAGGGGGAAUAAAGUGGCAAAGUUUUUUUUU